AUGUCUGAAGAACCCAUCACCAAUGGGAGCUCGAGCGGGACCGUCAAUGGGUCUCCCACUUCGUUUCAAAUCCCCAUCGUUGAUUUUUCCGCUUGGAAGACCGAUGACAAAGCUGCUCGGCUGCAAGUUGCAAAGGAGAUCGUGGAUGCCUGCAGGAAGGUUGGGUUUGUGUACAUCGUGAACCAUGCCCUGCCGGAUUCCCUGCUUGACGAGGCCUUCGAAUGGUCGAGACGUUUCUUUGCACUCAGCCAGGAAGACAAGCUGAAGGCACCACACCCGGAGGGAUGGGCUGUCCACCGCGGAUAUUCGUGGCCGGGUCUGGAAAAAGUAUCGUCGGCCAUGAGUGAGGGAGAUGACAAGGAGCGGAUAAAGAAGCUGCGGGAGAUUACGGAUUGCAAAGAGAGUUAUGACAUGGGCAGUGACGAGAACAAAGACCAGCCCAACCAGUGGAUCCCCGACGAGGUCUUGCCAGGGUUCAGAGCCUUCAUGACCAAAUUCUACUGGGAGUGCUUUGCCGCAGCGUCAGACAUCUUGCGUGCCCUGGCGGUGGGCAUUGGACUGGAAGAUGAGGACCACCUCCUGAAGAAGCAUUCCGGUCAUAAUAACCAGCUCCGAUUGCUUCACUAUCCUUCUAUUCCCGCGGAGGCGCUGGAGAGCCAGAAAAUGGCACGCAUGCCGGCGCAUACUGACUGGAGCUCAAUGACCAUGCUGUUCCAGGAUGAUUGCGGCGGGUUGGAGGUCGAAGACCUGUCUCGACCGGGGAGAUUCAUUCCCGCAAAGCCGAUCAAGAACGCGAUCGUCAUGAAUGUGGGAGACUUGCUACAGAGGUGGAGUAAUGGUAUAGUUUGUCUGCUCCCAAUCGGUCAUGAGAUAAAGCUAAUACAAGACGCAGAUUAUCUUCGAUCGACAAACCACCGGGUCGGGCUUCCCCCCGUCAGUGAUCGCUUUGAAGGGCCCAACCGUAUGACCCGUGAACGCUACUCGAUCCCUUAUUUCCUCUCUCCGGAUCCAGACUCUGUUAUCGAGUGUCUUCCGGCGUGUAUGAGUGAGGAAAAUCCUGCGAAAUACAAGCCCAUCACCCAGAGGGACUACAAUCGCUUGCGCGCUUCGAUGCAGUACUGA